CAGGAGCCGCGGCGGCGGCGGCGGCGGGGGCCGCGCAACUCGGGCCAAGUGCGGGGCAGCGGGCGAGGGCGCGCGGCGCUGAGCCCGGCCGCCCCAGCUCGCCAGCCGCGCACGGCCGAGCCCGGGAGAGCGCGGAGGCUCAGCGGAGGGAACGCCGCCAACCCCGGCGCCUGCGUCUGGGGAGGAGCCGCGCGCUGGGAGCGAGCCAUGCCCGGCGCCCGGGCGUAGCCGCCGGGGCUGCUCCCGGGAGCCGCGGGCCGGGCCGGGCGCGCGAGAGGAGCAGCCCCGCGCCGCGCCCACCGCGCGCCGAGGACCAUGCCGCCCCCGGGCCGGGCGCCGCCGCUCGGGCUCCUGCUGGCGCUGACUGCGCUCCGGUGCCCAGUGGCCGCGGGCCGAGGCGCUGCGGACGGCCUGCAGAGGUUCUCCUCGCUGCCUGCCUUCCUGCCCGCCAGCCUGCGCGUCUCCGGCGCAGAGGCGGCCUUCUUCCUGAAGGAGGCCAAGCAGGACCUCACACGCAACUCCAGCCUGCGGGCCCGCGCCGGGGCCUUCUUCGUCCACCGGGCCCGGAGCCCGCCUGCGGUCAACGCCAGCUACGGCCCCUUCUGGGUGGAGAAGCCGGUGCCCCCGGAGCUCCUGCUGGUGCCCACGCCCUUUGGGGACCUGGAGAAGUUCCCCUUCAACUGGCGGCUGAAGGCCCACAUCCUGGACAGCUCCAUCUUCUCCAACAGACCCAAGGUGCAGACCCUGUUCUACGUCACCGGCAUGGGCUGGGACGCCGGCGACCCCGGGGACGACCUGCCCUGCGUCAAGAUGUUCGCCUUCCCCGAGGCCAGGGAGGUGGCCGCCAGCUGCCGGCUGCAGGGGGCGCCCGGGCUGUGCGUGGCCGAGCUGGAGCUGCUGCCCGAGUGGUUCAGCUCCGGCCUGGACCUGGAGCCCGAGGAGGAGGUCCCGGCCCUGCUGGGCGGCACGGCCAUGGAGCUGUUCUUCAGCCUCUUCCCGGCCGACCCGGCGGGCCAGUGUCCCCUGGAGGAGGAAGGCAAGUGGGAGAACAACAUCCACGCCGGCCAGGACGGCGCCCCGCGCGCGCCCCCCGCCCGGGAGCGGAUCGGCAGCGUGGUGGUCUACCCGACCCAGGACGACCUGCGGUGGUCCCUGCUGAGCCUGGAUGAGAACGUCGCCCUCUCCGUCCCGCUGAACCUCAUCCGCGAAGGGGACACGGCCACCUUUCUGGUCUCUCUGACCAGCGGCUCGGUGGCGGACCAGUUCACUCUCCGAAUCAAGGCGGCCGCAGGUGUGAGGAUCACGGCCGUGAGAAUCAGCAACGAAGACCAGUGGGCGGUCCAGGAGGAGGUAGACCACAGCAGCACCGAGACAACGGCCACCCUGGCCUGCGUGGGCCACCCGGACACCCAGGGCAGAGCCAACGGCUCCGUCUAUGAGAUCCUGCAAGUGGACUUUGGCAUUGACAACAGCAGUGGCCUGGCGGGGGCCCAGCAGAUCACCUGGCAGGUGGAGUACCCAGUGGAGGACACCACGAGCCAGCUGGUGGUCUCCGAGAUCUUCGUCAGCCAGACCUCCUUUGUGGGCAUCGUCCCCCUUGCGAUGGACACGGAGGUUUUAAACACCGCCAUUCUCACCGGAAAGCCCGUCUCGGUCCCCGUCAAAGUCGUGGGGGUUGAAGAGGACGGCUCCGUGGUGGACGUGUCGGAGGCUGUGGAGUGCAGGUCGGCCGACGAAGACAUCGUGAAGGUUUCCAACAACUGUGACUCCAUUUUUGUGAAUGGGAAGGAAAUGAAGAGUAAAGUGGACACGAUCGUGAAUUUCACCCACCAGCACUUCACCUCCCAGGUGGAGGUCACUGUCUGGGCGCCCCGACUCCCCCUGCAGAUUGAGAUCUCAGACACAGAGCUGAGCCAGGUCAAGGGCUGGAGGAUCCCUGUGGCCUCCAACAGAAGGCCCACCCGGGAGAGUGAAGAUGAGGAGGACGAGGAGAAGAAGGGGCGAGGCUGCUCCCUGCAGUACCAGCAUGCCCUGGUGCGCGUCCUUACCCAGUUUGUGACCGAGUCGUCUGACUUGGGUCAGCUGACCUAUAUGCUGGGUCCCGACUGGCAGUUUGACAUCACUGACCUUGUAUCAGAGUUCGUGAAGGUGGAGGAGCCCAGAAUCGCCCAGUUACAGGAUGGCAGGACCCUGGUUGGUCGGGAGCCGGGAAUCACCACUGUUCAGGUCCUCUCACCUCUGUCUGACUCCAUCCUGGCGGAGAAGACCGUGACCGUCCUGGAUGACCGCGUCACCAUCGUGGAGCUGGGCGUACAGCUGGUGGCUGGCCUGUCCCUCUCCCUGCAGCCCCACAGGGUGGACCGGAGGGCCAUCGUCUCCACAGCAGCUGCCCAGGACGUCCUGCAGGCCCCACAGCAGGAAGCCAUCGUCAGUUCUUGGAUUUUGUUCAGUGAUGGCUCUGUGACACCUUUAGACAUUUAUGAUCCCAAGGAUUAUUCCAUAACUGUCUCGUCACUGGAUGAAAUGGUGGUGUCCGUCCAGCCAAACCUGCAGGCCCAGUGGCCAGUCGUGGUCGCAGAGGGCGAAGGACAAGGGCCCCUGAUCAAGUUGGAGAUGAUGAUCAGCGAGCCUUGUCAGAAGACCAAGAGGAAGAGCGUCCUCGCUGUGGGCAAAGGCAGCGUCAAGGUCAGGUUUGCACCUGGCGCCGAGGAGCACGGAGGAGGCAGCAAUGACAUCGAGGGCGUGAGCCGGGAGUACAGAGAUCACCUCGGCAACUCCAUCGAGCGGGAAGGGAGCCAGGAGCGGGCGGUUCAGGAGUGGCUCCAGCAUGGUGGCCCCGCUGGCCCAGAGGACAGGACCAGCAGGAGCACAGCCCUGCCGCUGCCUGGGGAGGUCAGGAACAAGAAGCUGCUCAAGAGUGGCGGUGCAGACGCCGUCACCAGCUUCCCCACCCAGGGCAGGUUUCCAGAAUCCAACAGCCCCAGUGACCUUACAGUGACCUCCAGAGGCUUGACGGACCUGGAGAUCGGCAUGUAUGCCCUGCUCUGCGUCUUCUGCCUGGCCAUCCUGGUCUUCCUGAUCAACUGUGUGGCAUUCGCUUGGAAGUACAGACACAAAAGGCUUGCUGUGAGUGAGCAGGGCAACGUCCCCCAUUCCCACGACUGGGUCUGGCUUGGGAACGAGGUGGAGCUUCUGGAGAACCCCGUGGACAUCACCCUGCCCUCGGAGGAGUGCACGACCAUGAUCGACAGGGGGCUGCAGUUCGAGGAGAGGAACUUCCUGCUGAACGGAGGUUCCCAGAAGCCCUUCCACAGUCAGCUGCUCAGACCUUCUGACUACGUCUAUGAGAAGGAGAUGAAAAAUGAACCUGUAAACUCUUCCGGCCCAAAGAGGAAGAGGGUCAAGUUUACUUCCUACACCACCAUCCUCCCCGAGGACGGGGGCCCAUACACCAACUCCAUCCUGUUUGACAGCGAUGACAGCAUCAAGUGGGUCUGCCAGGACAUGGGGCUGGGGGACUCACAGGACUUCAGAGACUAUAUGGAAAGACUGCAGGACCAGAUGUGAACUUCUUUCUUAUGUUGUAUUCACCUUUAUGCCUUCUGUUUUCUGAUGGGUGGAGCAGAGUCUGAUCAGCAGUGGGGUGACUUAAUGAAGUCGCGUCCGUGGAGGUCUGGAGGGAGCCUUUGCAAGCGUGUUUCAGAGGCCUGGAGAGCUAUGGCAGCUGGGUUUUAAGCCGGGAAAUGCCUCUAAAACAGCUCCUUGUAGGGACUGGAGAAAUUCUAAGACAAGUUUUGCCUGCAUCCUGUUACCAGCUCAGUGCAGGUAGAGUAAACCCGACCCCACAGACAUUGUUGGUCAUCUCAUGUAGAAUGGCUGUGUGUAGUGAGGAGAGAUUUGGAUGGUGAUUUUUCUGUUCUUAGACCUAUUAAAGCACAGUGGGCCGGUAUAGCCCUCGGCCUGGGUUUGGACACGCGUGAGAGGUGACUGAAUGUAGCUAUCCUUAUUUGUUAGGGCGCUGCUCAGUAUUUUUAUAUACAUUUCCACCUGCACUUGUUCCUUUGACCUCUGGAAUUUUUUUUGAAACAUGAAGAGAAGAAAUUUCAGUCUUUUCUUUGAGCUUUGUGUGAUUUACAAAUGAGUUUUAUUCCCUGGGAUUUGCCACAUCACGUCAUUUCCUGGGUCUCCACGCAGGAUAUCAGGUUUUUCAAGUUUUGCGCACUUCUUUCUUUAGUGACAGCAUCUAAGAAGCUUACUCUCGCUUUGUUUUUCCUACCGUUUGCUGUUGAACUUUCUUGUAUAAGAUUGGGACAGGGGUUUUCCUUAAAAUGUUAAUAUCCAGUGAGGGAGGGUCAUCUCUUUACAGUUUUCUACGUGAAGCUUAAAACAACUUGGAGGAAAGUUGUGAAUCACACACAUUUAUUUUUGUCCUCUGCUGAAAAUCCUGGGGAGCUCCUGAGUGUACUGCUGAGGGCAGAAAGCCCCUGAGGGAGCUGCGACUAUACAGGUUCUUUGUGGUCAAACUGAAAUCACAGGUAGAAUUGAUCUACACAGAAGGGAAAUUGCCCAGGAAAUAGCUUCCAAUUAAACUUUCCAUUUUACCAGAAAAAAAAAGAAAAUUAAAUGAUGUUUCAAGUUAGCAAUACAUAUAAAUCAUCCAUAUGAUGACUAUCUUCACAGGUGUGUAUUUGUGGGAAAAGCAAUGGGUUCCCCCCAAAAUUUACAAAAAUAAAUGACUGUUCCAGAGCCCAAGAAGCAGCUAUUUAAUAUGAACAAACUCUAGCUAUUGAAAAAUCAAAGUGCUAAGAGAAAAAAAUGUGAUUCUUGUAUACUUUUUAAAUAAAAAAUAUUUAAAAACAUCAUGAAUCAUCUCAAAGCAAGAAUUUCAGAUUAGUGAAAUGUGACGACAUUAAGAUGCUAUAGUUGGAAAAGCAGACACUGGACUAAGCUGUCUCAUUUUGAGUUAACUGAGCCAUUUGCAUUUCUUAGAAAUGGAAUUUGAAAGGCCCAAAGUAGGAAGCACAUGCAGCAAGUCACCUGAGCAGGUCCCUGAUGCCCAAUGGCUGAUGACUGAGCUAUUCAAGAGAAUUGUUUUAUUUCCAUUGUUCUCUUAUUUUAGACUCCCAUGGAUGGGAACAUGACAGCCCAGCCUUUUCUAGCCAUGAAGCAGCAGCCAGAAAAUUCCUCCUGUAUCUCUUGCAUAACACAGACAGGGCCAAAAUUGCAGGUGGUGUAGUCUUGACCUCAGAGGCUGGUAUUGGUUGGUUCUGUAAGUGGUUAAAAUGGGGCUUAGGAGCUGAAGCCCGGGACUACAGAGACCUUCAGCUUAAGUGGAGAAUGAAGCAGAAUACCCAGGCCUUGACUGCAAAGGAGUUUGCAGGACUACUGGCACCUUUUAGGUUAGCCAAUGGCCUUUCGAAGGGCUUAGUGGAAGGUGGCACAGAACAGCUGUGAGGACAGAAGAGAGGUCAUGCCCAUGGACAUAAGCUGUGAGGACAGAAGAGAGGUCAUGCCUGAUGGACACAGCUAAGCUAUCCAGGAGUCUGGCUCCUUUUAGGAGUUUUCAGUUCCAUCCUCCUUCGGAGCUUCAACAUUGAAGAUAUAAUGGAGGUCCUUUCCGAAAGUGAGGAGUGUGAACUGAAGGGGAAGGUCACACGCAGCAGGCUGCCUCCACCAGCUCAGCGAGACUUUGGUGGGGGCAUGAUUUGGCAGGAAUUGCCAUUGUUGUGGGGAGCAUCACUAAGGAACAUACAAAUCAGAGCCCUCCUGUGGUGGGAAAGUGGCACGGGGAGUAUUGGGAUGUGCCAGGUCAUCCUUGGUGGAGCUGGAAGCAGGCCAUGGUCCUGAAGAUGCUUCUGGUGGACAACACAGACUCACCCAGUGUGAACCAGACUCCACAGUCACCUGUGCUCCUUUGAUUAGAGCUCAGUCAGUUCAAGAUGGAGGAAGCAAAUGGAAGGGCAUGAGGAAAGGGUCCCUCUUACUGCCUAACAUCCACUCACACACACAGGCACAUGCAUCCAUCCACUCACCUGUGUGUGAAUGCUGACGAGUCAAUGCAGACCAUUUAUUGGAAAUCCAGAGUGACUGUCCCUUGCUUUCAGAUGUGGCAUUCAUUAAAGUAUUUUGUACUCUUACUUACUGCAGAGUAUAAACCAUGGGUUAAAUCACCUUGUUUUCCAGGUAGGCAGUCACAGCUAUUAAGCACUAUUCCCUAAAUACCUAAGCCCAGACAGGGGACAGCAUAAACUCUUAGGCCUUGAACUCCCAUUUCCAGGCACCAUGCAUUCACCUGUAUUCUCUGGUUUUCAUGGUUGAGAUGUCCAAAUCCUGGGUCUUGAUAAAGAACCUGAGCUACACAAGGGUUGUCAAGUCCCUCUGUUCUCAUAGAGUGGCAUGCCCAGAUGCCUCCUGAGGGAGGAACCUGCAGGUUAUGGGCUCUGGUCACAGGCAGGGCGGUGGAGGCUGAGCUGAGGACUGCGUGGCUUGGAACAGCCGGAGGUGUGCAGCCAUUGUCUCAAGGUCCAGGUGUCUCUGUCAAGGCCAGAGUACAGGGACCAAGGAGCAGCUGCCACACCAAACGCCUGUGCUUAACCAGAGGUGUGCUGCAUUCGAGAGAAGAAGAAGAGGAAGCAGAGGAUCCAACCAACCUCAGAAUACCUGUGUACCAGGAGAAGGAGCAGUCACCUUCCUAGCUGUUGUGCACACUGGCAAGGGUGAUCCCAGCCUACAGUGAUCCUUUGCAUCUACGCAGAAGGUUUCGGUUUAUGCACAUGAAGGCAGCGGAAACGUGGACUGGUGUUUUUGUCCCAUUGCUGUAUCUGUAGAUAUGUACUUGCUGAUUUUUAAGUUUUAGAAGUCCACCUUUGUGCAUGUUGAUCAGCUUUCUUAGAAAGGGAUCUUUCCAAUAUUGGCAAGUUGAGACCGCAGUAAAAGCAUUGUCUGUCAACAAAGAACCACUCGGUCCACCGGCAGUGAUCACUGGGGGGGGGGGGUGUUUAUCUGAAUCCUUCAUCCAUUGGCACCCUGGGGCUUUCUCCUCUAAUCAUCUUAAAAACUGUCUUAAUUCUCCAUUCUGGUCUCUGUAAAUGACACCAAGGGUGGUUUAUAAACUUAGUAACCUUCUCAAUUAAAAGUACGUGUCUUCUGUAAUGCACAUCACCUGUAUGUAAAGGGACAGGGUGGAUGGUGAAACAAUUACGCUGAAAUAUGGGAAUCAGAUAUUUUUGUAUGUAAUAUAGACAUUACACUGAAACUCAGAGGUGUAUCGGAAUAAACACAUUUUAAAAUAAAAGCAUGCAAAACUGUAGCAUUUAAAUGUACAGACAUCCAACUCAAAAAUAUCUCAACUGAUGGUGGGAAAAACAUUAGGACCUGACAUGGUGAAGUGCACUGAAUUAGGAAUUCUGGCCUGGAAAGGGCGUGGCUGGUGUUGGCAGUGUUGAUGAACUUGCUGGAAUAUUUUGAUUUUACUCUUCAUUAUUUUUGGAUUUUUCCUUUUUUUCCUGGAAUUAUUUCAGAAAUAAAGUGACUUCACUCUUCCAGCAUAAUGAUAUAUUCUAACCACAGGGUAAUUCAUCGUUUUUAACAUGAAAAUAAACGUUUAAACAUUC